AUGACAGCGCCGUUUCGAAAAUCUUUGAAUUGCCCUUUGAUCACGCUGCUUUUGGGGAUAGGAGCUUUGAUACUGAUGUUCAUUUAUCUUCAGCAAACCUCUCCUGACUACUGCCCACCCAGACCACCUCCACCUAUUCAGCAAGAGACAAAGAAAUGUCUGCCAUGUGAGACCAACAGCACUCCUACGUGUCCAGUGCCAACACCAGUGCCAACGCCAGUGCCAAUGCCUCCACCACAGCGUGCGAAACCUAUUGUGCUGUUGUGGUUCUGGCCAGAAAACUUCAGGUUCCAGCUCUCAGAAUGCAAAACUCUGUUCAACAUUGAAAGCUGUAACUUGACAGAUGACAGAUCUGUGUACCAUAAAGCAGAUGCAGUGCUCAUAUAUCACAAAUCUAUCGCAUGGGAUCUCUCCAACCUACCUCCAUCGCCACGACCACCCUUUCAAAAAUGGGUGUGGUUCCAUUUAGAGUCACCUACAAACACACGCAAAAUACCUGGGCUUGAGAACCUGUUUAACUUGACUCUGAGCUACAGAAAGGAUGCUGACAUUUCUGUACGUUAUUAUCUGAAAGUAAAAAAGAACCCUGGUGAGGAAUUUGUCAUACCUAAAAAGGACAAGCUCGUUUGCUGGAUCGUAAGCAACAAUAAUCCAGGCACUGGUACAGGAGUCAGAUAUAAAUUUUAUCAAGAGUUUAUUAAGCACAUUAAAGUGGAUCUUUUUGGCAAGCUUUCUGGGAAAGUUCUGAAGCAUGAAGACUACUAUUCCACCAUAGCCAGUUGUAAAUUCUAUCUCUCCUUUGAGAACUCCAUUCACAGAGACUACAUCACCGAGAAGCUAAAUGGACCACUGUCUGUAGGAACUGUUCCUGUGGUGCUUGGUCCUCCCAGAAAAAACUAUGAAGACUUUUUCCCAAGUGAUGCUUUUAUUCAUGUCAAUGACUUUCCAAAUGCAGAAGCACUGGCUAAAUAUCUCCUUCAGCUGGACAAAGAUGAAGCAGCUUACCGCAAAUACUUUCAAUGGCGAAACUAUCUGACUGCUGAACCUCACCUGCUGUCGACACAAGAGUUCGUCCUACCAAUUUGUUCUGCAUGUGAACACAUAAAUAGUCAUAGAGAAUAUAAAGUGGCUCAUGAAAUCUACAACUGGUAUUUUUCAUGA